AACGCAGUGAUUACUUAAAGUAAUUAAAGAAUUGGAUGCCGUAUAAUUUUUAUUCGAUACAAGUGGGGAAUUUGAUUAUUUGUUUCUACAGUGUUGGCAACAGUAGUCGGCGGCCAUUUUAGUACAAUGUCGACGACAGAAGGUGAAAAAGUGCCAAUUCGGAAAACUUUAUAAAUCCUUGAAGACCUGGUAAAUCUAAAUGUUAAUUAACAAUAUUUUGCAAUAUUCAAGUUUUUCUUUGCUCGAAUAAUUAUUAAAUCGUAAAAGUUUUUUGAAAAAGAAUAAGAAAAGACAAUAUUUGUCAAUUUAUAAAUGGCGUAUAGAAUUGACAAUGUAUCGCGUUUUUGUCAAACAUCUAUUAUUGUUAACUGUCAAAACUGUUUCCCAAGAUUAUUUUCACCUAACUAGUUAACAAUUUUGGAAAAAAUAAUGGAUAAAUUAAAUAUUUUGUUAAAUUUUUGUCAUUGCAAACUUAACAUCAUUUUGCUAAACAAGAUAUCGUAGAUAUCUAGUGGUAAAAACGUAAACUACUCAAACUUGCAAUGUUGCAAUUCAUAUUAGUUCAGCUAGAUGGCUUUUUAUUUAUAAAACUUAAAACACCGAAGAAGAAUAAAAUGUUUUUAAAAUUUAAUAUCGAAUAAAAAAGAAAAAUAAAUAUUAUUGUCCAUGGGGUGAUGUAUUAAAUCGCUUGGGGUAAUAAUCAAGAGAGUUAAAGGAUUUUCGGAAAAUAUGUUUGGAUCAGAAUGGAGUUUAAUGAUUUACGUAUCCACGCAUUUCCUUUUGUGUUAUUCGGAAGAAAGAAACAGAAUUGCGGAAGAAGAAAAGUAAACCAAUUUAUGGAAUUCAUCGAAAAAUGUCAUCUUUGCAGUCUUAUUAGCAGCGGGAUGUCAACUUUGCAGUCUUAUCAGAAAUGGGGUAAGCAUUGUACAAUGUGUGCAUGUCAUUGAUUUCUACUUAGAUAGUGCGAUCGUAGGCGUCAAGGAGGACCAGGGUUCCGUUCACCAAGCGAUCGCAAAUGAAAACCUUAUGGUUUUACUCGCAAAUAAUUACUCGCCUUCCAAAAUUAGCCAUUUUGACCUAGAUGGUGGAAAUUUGGUAUAAAAAUGUAUCAUCACGUGUAACAUACCUAAAAAAUAUAAAGAAUCCCUUUUGAAAUAAACUGAAAUAAAUUUUAGGAUAAAGU